GGAGUGUUUGGGGGCUGAGGGGCCUCGGCGAGGCCGGUGAAGGGGGCAGUCCGGGGGACCCUGUCUGGGUUGAGGCACGGAGAGGGGCGCGCGCGUGCGCACAGCCCCGCUGAAUCUGUGGCGGCGUCGGCGGCGUCUGAGACAACAGCAGGAAGUUUGCCCACCAUCACCGUUGAGGGGGGCCUGAACUCCCCCUUAUCCCUGCAAGGCUCCCCCUCAGCGUCCCCUUCCUCAGCCUUAGGCAGGCGGCGGCGGCCGAGCAGCAGCCAUGUCGUUGGACCAGUAUGAGAGGCACUGCGACUCCAUCAACUCCGACUUCGGCAAUGAGUCCUCCAGCAGGAGCGGUCCCCGGCCUGGCCCUGCCGCGGUCUUGGGCGGCGAGCAAGAGGAGUUGCAUUAUGCCCCCAUCCGUAUUCUGGGCCGGGGAGCCUUCGGAGAGGCCACUCUGUACCGCCGGACUGAGGAUGACUCACUUGUAGUGUGGAAGGAAGUAGAUCUUACCAGACUGUCAGAAAAAGAACGCCGUGAUGCUUUGAAUGAGAUUGUUAUCCUUGCUCUGUUGCAGCAUGACAACAUUAUUGCCUAUUACAAUCAUUUCAUGGACAACACAACACUGUUGAUUGAAUUGGAAUACUGUAAUGGGGGAAACCUCUAUGAUAAGAUCCUGCGGCAGAAAGACAAGUUGUUUGAGGAAGAGAUGGUGGUGUGGUACUUAUUUCAGAUUGCAUCAGCAGUGAGCUGUAUUCACAGGGAAGGAAUCCUUCACAGAGAUAUAAAGACACUGAAUAUCUUCCUCACCAAAGCAAAUCUUAUAAAACUGGGUGACUAUGGUUUGGCAAAAAAGCUGAACUCUGAGUAUUCCAUGGCUGAAACUUUGGUAGGAACCCCAUACUACAUGUCUCCAGAGCUCUGCCAGGGAGUAAAAUACAACUUCAAAUCUGAUAUCUGGGCAGUUGGCUGUGUUGCCUUUGAGCUCCUCACACUGAAGAGAACUUUUGAUGCAACAAAUCCCUUGAACCUCUGUGUGAAGAUCGUGCAAGGGAACCGGACAAUGGAGGUUGAUUCCAGUGUUUAUUCUCCAGAUCUCAUCCAGGUGGUACACUCUUGCCUUGAUCAGGAUCCUGAGAAGAGGCCUACUGCUGAUGAGCUGCUUGAGAGUCCCCUUAUCAGCAAGUGCAGGAGGGAAAUGGAGGAGAAAGUUGUGCUGCUUAACGGGCCAAACAAACGACCAAGAACAAGCACCAUGAAUGAGGCUCCCAUUGCAGUGGUGACAUCACGCACUAGUGAAGUAUAUGUAUGGGGAGGUGGGAAGUCCACUCCUCAGAAGCUGGAUGUCAUUAAAAGUGGCUGCAGUGCACGACAAGUCUGUGCAGGAAACACCCACUUUGCAGUGGUGACAGUUGAGAAGGAGCUGUAUACUUGGGUGAACAUGCAGGGGGGCACCAAAUUGCAUGGCCAACUGGGCCAUGGAGACAGAGCCUCAUAUCGGCAACCUAAGCAUGUGGAAAAACUGCAGGGCAAAGCCAUUCGCCAAGUGUCUUGUGGAGAUGACUUCACUGUCUGCAUCACAGAUGAGGGCCAAGCCUUUGCCUUUGGCUCAGACUACUAUGGCUGUAUAGGUGUUGACAAGGCAUUUGGCUCUGAGGUGCUGGAGCCCCGACAGCUGAACAUCUUCCUCAACAAUCCAGUAGAACAAGUUUCCUGUGGAGAUAACCAUGUGGCAGUGCUGACUCGAAACCGAGAGGUCUACACAUGGGGCUGUGGAGAAUAUGGCCGCUUAGGUUUGGAUUCAGAAGAGGAUCACUCAAUCCCACAGAAGGUGGAAAUUCAGAAGGCCUCCAAUAUUGUCUCAGUCCAGUGUGGUGGUGAUGGCACCUUUCUGCUCACACAGACAGGCAAAGUAUUGGCUUGUGGUCUGAAUGAAUUCAACAAGCUGGGCUUGAACCAAUGCACUUCAGGGAUAAUUAAUCAUGAUGCUUAUCAAGAAAUUCCAUACACCACUUCCUUCACUCUGGCCAAAAAACUUUCCUUCUACAAGAUUCGCACCAUUGCCCCAGGAAAGACACACACAGCUGCCAUAGACGAGCGGGGUCGUUUGCUUACCUUUGGCUCAAACAAGUGUGGCCAACUGGGUGUUGGAGACUAUAAGAAGCGUCUGGGUAUUAAUCUGCUCGGAGGACCUCUUGGGGGGAAGCAGGUCAUCAGAGUUUCUUGUGGCGAUGAGUUCACUAUAGCUGCUACUGAUGAUAACCAUAUAUUUGCCUGGGGGAAUGGCGGGAACGGCCGUUUAGCAAUGACCCCAACCGAGAGAGCUCAUAGUUCUGAUAUUUGUACGUCAUGGCCUCGGCCCAUUUUUGGUUCCCUGCACUAUGUUCCAGACUUAUCUUGCCGUGGUUGGCAUACCAUCAUAAUUGUUGAAAAGGUUAUAAAUUCGAAAACCAUCCUCCGUUCCAGUAGCAGUGGCCUAUCUAUUGGGACUGUGGCCCAGAGCUCUACAACUGAAGGAGGAGAAGAGGAGGAAAGUGAGCACGAUUCUGAGACUCCCGAUCCCAGCAGAGGCUUCCGGGGAACCAUGGAAGCAGACCGUGGAAUAGAGGAUCGGAUCAGCACAACAGAAGCAGUUGCAGAUAGCAGUGUUGCUAGCAGCUCCUGCCCCAGCUGGCUGCGCAAGGAACUGGAGAAUGCAGAGUUCAUCCCCAUGCCUGAAACCCCCUCUCUUGUGAGUCUGAGCUCUUCAGAAUUGGACAAAGAAACUCUUCCCUACAACGAGCUGAAGGGACUCCACAUGGCUUCGCCCACACCUGUUGAUAUUAACAAGUCCAAGACAGGGGCCUGGAAGCACCUCUUGGAUUCAGCAGAGCCCUGUUGUGGGGAGAAAACAUCUGUGGUACCAACUACAUGUAAAUGCAGUUUGCUGCAGGCUGAAGUGGAGCAUCUGAGUGGUUUAAUCUCCAAGUGCUUGGCUGCCCAGGAGAAGCUGCAGCAAGAAACCACCCGUCUCAGUGCCCAGGUCCAGAUUCUCUCCAGGAGGACAGAAGGAACACCUCAGCUGACGGCUCAUUCCAAAGCCACACAAACAACGAAGGAAGAGGUGGAAGCAGAUCCAAAGCCUGAAUUGGAUUCUGACUCCUGGUGUCUCCUGGGAACUGACUCAUGCCGCUUCAGCCUGUAGUCUUUUGAGUCCUCUGGAAUCCAUCCAAUUUCACAGCACAUUAACUGAAUGCAGAGAGCAGCUUUGCUGGCUUCAGGUCCUUUGUGAACAAGGAGGUCAGGGUCUCUAUAGCAUCCAUGUAUGCAAGAGGGGAAGCACCUCCUUAAGCUAUGAACCUGGGAGGGAAUUUAGAGAGACAGAGCCCCAUGUUCAAGCCAGGCUCUGUUCAGACAUCACGUCAGCAACAAGCCCUCUCUGUAUGCAUUAUGUCAGCCUGCCUUGAGGCCAGGUAGCCACACCACAGGAAUGGCUCCAAUAGCAGCAUGUGCUUCAUUUCUUUCCCAACUUCGCAAGCAGUAGUCACCUCAUCUUCAGGUAUUUGAAAGAGAAAAAGUGAUUGAAGGGGAAAAACAAAUAACCAUCAACAUUCAAAUUGAAAUGCUCUAAGUUACUUUUAGCCCAAAGUCAAAGGGGCAGGACCCCCAGUCUGUGGGGAAGUUGCUUGCGGGAGGGGAAGCCUAGAAAACAUUUUGUUCUGAAAGUGUGUGAAACUUCCCCAGAAGAAAUUAUGUCUUUCACUUAGGUGCAUUCUAGACAUAUUUCCUACGGCCUGUACAAAAAGUGUUUAUAACUUUAACUUGAAGGAUAUUUGGAAGAGGAUCUCUUUUCUUAGCAUUCCCACUAAGCACUGUUCGGAUGCAAAAGAAUUGGCUGAAUUUUCCAGCCAUCCAAGGAGUCUCUAGUUCUACAGUUCACAACAGCUAUAUUUUUAAGCCAGACAAGGAGUGUGUGGAUUUGAAAUUAGACCCACAGCUAUUGCUCAAUCUGUUCAGCUUGGUUUGAAUACCAAGUAAGCUAUUGAAAGCCUUUUUUUGUGUGCUUCUCCCCCAAAUCAGUAUUUUUGUUUCCUGUCCGAUACUUGAUAAAACUGGAGCUGUGUCAUUUUUAACAGAAUGCAUCCAUCUAAUCAAAUUACUGGCAGUAGCUUGAGAUCAUUUCUUGUAUUAUCAAUAUUAAGCUCUAUAUGAAGGAACUUUGAAGAUAGGAUUUUCCACUUCUGGAAAUGAAAUAUUUUUGCUAAAUGGUUUACCUAACUGACUUAUACCUUUGGCAUAAAUGUGACUUCUGGGAGCCACACUGCAUUCCUUCCCACCAUGGAGUGGGAUUCCCACUGUUCCUUAUUUUAACAACAUUAUAGCCAAACCUAACUUUCUAGAACAGUUGCCAUAUCUGCUUAGUGACCCUUUAUUUUUGAUUUGGUAGUCCUAGAUUGUAAUCUCAAUCUCCCAUAUACAUGUCUCUUAAUAUCCCCUUAUAAAUUCUUACAGCUAUAUACAGCUGAUAAAAAAAAAUUCUGGCUGGAGAUGGGUGCCAGAGCAUUCUGCUCGAAUAGUGCAUUUUUAAGGAAUUACCUGAUUUGUCUCUUAAAUAAAGAGAUGUUAGUGUGCCUUUCCUUACAGUUAGUGGUGAAAGGAGAAGAAAGAGCCUGAAUAUAAGAAAUACCAAAUGUUCAGUAGAUUAUGUUAUUUGGUUGAUUUCCUAUCUUCUAAAAUUAUUGGAGCAGUGGUUGUUUUCAUGAGAGAAUGCUGUUGCAACUGCAGAGACUGUCCUAUUAUAAGGUAGGAACAGAUAGUGUCCAGCAAGGAAUUUCUGAGCUGAUGGGAGUCACUCUCCUGCAGUGCACUGUCUUUAUUUCUCCGUGCUCCACAUUUGGCAAGGUUCCCCUUGAAUCUAGUGGAGUACUGUAUUACCAUACUGAGUGAAGGUGACUUGUGCUCCACAGCAAUAUAUGUGCCUUAAAAGGAUUCACGUUGUCCCAACUGUGCCUGUUACAGACCACAAUAUAUGCACCAGCCCUGCUAUGCAACUAAAGAAAAUUUAAACAAGGACUUGCCCUGGGUUAGGGGUGAAGGGCAAGUAGGCCAGGGUGCCUUUGAUCAGUUUCAGAUCCAUUUCGCUUUCCCCUUUUCAGCAGUGCUAGCUCUGUAUAUGUACGUCUCUUACUAGCAUUGCUGUUGAUUUGUUAUAGUGGAACACGGCAUAUGCUUGCACCGACACUCUAGCUGAAAACUAGUUUGUCAUUAUCUAUCUUUGAAAGAUUCAGUGGUGGAAUGGUUUGAAGUUUUCUGUUUAAAUAAAUGUUGACACUCA